AUGCUGCGAAGCCUGAGUGUGGAAAUUGUGCCAGUCAGAAACGCGAAUGUAUCUAUCGAAGAGAGACUCCGCGGAAAAGUGUUCCUCUUGACUCUCAAGAGAAGUAGUCCGGAGGAGCGGGAGAAACUACUCAAUGCAGCUGUCGAUGAGGAUGGGGCUGUCAACUUGCUAGACUCUACUACUGACCCAGCUGAAGUGGCUUUAUUGCUGUCAUCAGACGAUGAGCUAAAUAUUGCCAACUUCAUAUCCGUCGAUGAUGCUGGCACAACUAACAGCUUCGGUCCAUCGUCUGCUCUUCACAAUCCUGCAAGGACAGACAAAGGAAUACCAUCGCCCCGCCAUUCUACAACAACAGAGCAUAUCAAGAAUGGAUUGAUAGCCAAUGCCGCUUUACAACGGCACCUCGAGCACAGACUUACCAGACAUGCGACAAUUGCAGGAGAGCCAACAGAGCUUGCACUCCAUCUGCUAAACUUGCAUUGGGCUCGUCAACAUCACACUUUUCUGCUAACGUAUCGGCCGGCUGUCAUGCGAGACUUGGAAUGUUCCGGUCCGUACUGCUCUGCUUUCAUGCUCAAUGCCAUAUUCGCAUGCUCUAGCAAGUUCUCUCCCCGAUCUGUGGUCAGGGACGACCCAGAUGAUGCAUCCAGCGUUGGCCGUCGCUUCUUCAAGCGCUGUGAUGAGCUUCUCAGCAGUGACUCUCUUCUUGCCAGGCCACAUAUCUCAACAAUCGUAGGACUUAUUCUUCUGGGCUCGACUUAUAAUGCUCGUGGAGAGACCUCAAAAGGGUGGCUAUAUACAGGAUACGCUCUACGAAUGGUUUAUGAUCUUGGUCUCCAUCUUGAUCCCAAGCCGACUACGGAAGACCCUGAAGAGAUUGAGAUCCGUAGAAGGGUCUUCUGGGGCGCUUUUGUCUGCGACAAGCUCCAGAGCUUGUACAUGGGUCGUCCAGUUGCUAUCAAUCUGCGGGACUCACAAGUCUCUCGCGAAUUCCUUGACUUGUAUGAGGAAAUGGAGCCAUUUUAUCCUUCAGCCUUAGCUACAGGCUCUCCAUCCAGGCUCGAUGAAAACAUGGGCGAUGCCAUUCCGAGACAUUCCGUUUCGACUUUCCAGCGAUUAUGCCUUCUCUCGAAGAUAAUGACAACAAUUAUCAAUCGCUUCUAUGUGGUUGGGGCCACGUUCUCAAACGCUCAAAUCGAUCUACAAAGGAUUGAGCAGGCCUUGCAGCAGUGGCGAGACAAACUACCGCCGGAGCUAGAUUUCCAACCAUGGUUGUCCACGAGCCCUGCAGUACAAACACCCAACAUCAUGGUUCUUCACAACGUCUAUCAUUCCCUUGCCAUUCUUGUACAUCGGCCGUUUAUCUCCGAUGAUCGUCUUCGAUCCACUGCCACGUCGGGACGGUCAUGGGAGCAGUGCACCGUUGCAGCCAGAUGCAUCACUAGUAUAGCCUCAGUAUACAAGUCAACAUAUGGGCUUACCGGGGCUCCCUUCUCAGAGCCAGACGCGUGA